AUGCCCGAAGGAUUAGCAGCAAGAACUGGUUGUCCGGAGAAAGCAUCACCUGAGGCCGUCGAGGCCGAUUCCGGUGAACCGAAAGAAGAAGCAGAUGACGAUGAGAAGUGCAAAAAAAUAGUACCAACAGUAGUUCCUGCUGCUGCUCCAGAUUUUAAAGCUGUUUCAGUUCAUCCACCUCUUAGCAUGACACAGUUGUUGUAUGAGCAACAGAAACUGAUACUCGCGCAACAGCAGCAGCAGCAACAACAACAACAACAACAACAGCAACAACAACAACAACAACAGCAGCAGCAGCAACAACAACAACAACAACUAUCACCCGACAGCAGUUUUACUGCGGCCAGGAUUCGACCCAUACAGAAUGGUAUCUUUUUGUGCUCUAAGUAA